AUGGUUACACGAUCUGGGGCGAACGGAGAGAGGAAUCACAAUCCUCCUGAUGGUGUUUCUUCUGACGUUCUGCAACGGAUCAUGGAUGAUCUUAAUGAUCUCCGGCAACACAAUCAACAACUUCAGAAUCAACUUACUGAUCUCAAUCAAACACACGGGCUACGCGAGGGCGAUCGACGAAUGGCAGAGACGGUAGUAGAUUUCCAACCUUUCACAGAGGAAAUCGCCAACACUACCGUCCCAGACAAUUUGAAGACGCUCGUCUUGGAUUCAUACUAUGGGGAUACUGAUCCCAAGGAUCAUCUGGUGUACUUCAACACGAAGAUGGUCAUUGUGGGGGCAUCAGAUGCACUCAAGUGCAAGAUGCUUCCAUCAACUUUCAAGAAAUCGGCUAUGAUUUGGUUCACCACUUUACCAUCGCGCUCAAUUGUGAAUUUCACGGAGUUGUCUGCAAAGUUUUUGUCCCAGUUUUCAACCAGCCGCGCCCAGAAGGUUACUCCGGCGACAUUGUUUAAUGUUCGUCAGGGCCCCAAUGAAACGUUACAGUCAUAUAUGGGGCGAUUCAAUCAAUUGUCUGUUCACUUGGAAGACAAAAUGCCGGAAAUUUGCAUUGCAGCGUUUGAGUUAGGGCUGAGGCCUGGAAGUCUGAACAUUAAUUUAAGCAGGAAGCAGGUUGAGACGAUGGCACAAUUGCGUGUUCGAGUUCAAGGUUUCAUCAGGGAGGAGCAAAGUGAUCAGGUCAAGAAGAACCGCCCAAACACGGCGUACGCAGGGCAGCAACAGCAGUUUGAGGCGAAGAAGGGAGCGGUUACUGAUCAGCGUUCAAGAGGUUCGGCUGAACGUGGGGACAAAGGACACAACUACAGAAACCGCUAUGAUAACCGCUCUCAGUUUAAAUAUCGUGCACAACCGUAUGGGAAUCGUGGAUACGGGCAUUCGAUGACGUGGACUCGCAAUCAAAAUGAUCGUGCAAUGCCUUUGACGGUUAAUUUGACUGAGGCUUUGCACACGUGUUUGGAGGCGAAUGUAAUCCGUUUCCCCCGGCAACCAAAACAACCAACAGGCAAUAACGUGGAUAAGAGAAAGUGGUGUGAAUAUCAUAGGAUUUCAGGACAUGACACUGACGAUUGCUUUACUUUGCGCAAGGAGAUUGAAAAGUUAAUAAAGGCUGGACACAUGUCACACUUAGCUGGGCGAAACAAUUCAGAUGAGGCGGAGACUUCAACAAAGCGUGAUGACAAGGGAAAGGAAAUUGAUAAUGAAGAGCAGAAUAAGCAGACCGAAGGAAAAGCGAAGGGGCGAAUCCAUUCGAUCUUUGGUGGAUUUCGUGGUGGCGGAACAACUAAUUCAGCUCGUAAGAGUUGGGCAACCAACCAACCCGACAUAACUUUUACUGUGCGAGAUUUUGAGGGAGUCCAGCCUCAUGAAGACGACCCAAUUGUGGUGAUGCUGAGGAUAGCUGAUUACGAAAUUGAGAGGGUACUUCUGGAUCAAGGAAGCUCGGCGGACCUGAUAUAUGGUGAUGCCUUUGAGAAAUUGGGGCUAACCGAAUCUGACCUGUUGCCUUAUGAUGGCUCUUUGGUGGGCUUCUCUGGAGAGAAAGUAUUUGUUCGAGGUUAUGUAGAGUUGAAGACUGUCUUUGGAGAAGGGAAGAAUGCGGAAACAUUUGCUAUCAAGUUUUUGGUAGUAAAGUGUACUUCGCCUUACAAUGUACUCAUCGGAAGGCCUUCAUUGAACAGAUUGGGGGCGAUCAUUUCCACUCGACAUUUAACAGCCAAGUACCCGUUGAGCAAAGGAGGAGUUGGAAUUUUAAAGGCUGAUCAAGUGGUUGCCAGGAAGUGUUAUUCAGAAAGCUUUAAACAGUAUGGACAUAUGGGAAAGAAGGCAGUGAAAGAAGGACACAGAGUUUAUGAGGUGAAUGUUGAUCAGGCUGACAUAGUUUUGGAUCCUCGUGACGGAUUCGUGGAACACAAGAUGACAUCAGAGGAAGCAACUAAGGCGAUUCAAAUUGGUGAGCGCAGCCUGAAAGUUGGUGUCAAUUUAACUUCAAGUCAGGAGGACAAGUUGACCAAGAUAUUAGCUGAGAAUAUGGAUUUAUUCGCAUGGAGUGCAAAGGACCUUCCGGGAAUCGAUCCGGAAUUUAUAUGUCACAAAUUGGCUUUAAAUCCCGGGGCGAAACCUGUCGUUCAGUUCAAGCGAAAGAUGGGCGAAGAAAAGUCAGUAGCAGUUAAGGUGGAAACCAAUAAAUUACUAGAAGCUGGAUUCAUCAGGGAAGUCAAGUAUCCAACAUGGCUGGCGAAUGUUGUGAUGGUAAAGAAGGCAAAUGACAAGUGGCGGAUGUGCACAGAUUAUACUGAUUUGAACAAACAUUGUCCCAAGGAUUCAUAUCCUCUACCAAAUAUUGAUAAGCUUGUGGAUAGGGCGUCAGGAUUUGGAAUGCUUAGUCUCAUGGAUGCAUAUUCAGGCUAUCAUCAGAUAAGAAUGUAUCAGCCAGAUGAAGAAAAGACAAAUGCAGGUGCAACAUACCAGAGGUUGAUGGAUAAAGUGUUUGAUAAGCAAGUGGGGCGUAACAUGGAGAUUUAUGUGGAUGACAUGGUAGUGAAGUCAGAUGAAAUGAAAGCACAUUGUUUUGAUUUGAAAGAGGCUUUUGGCAAAUUAAGGAAGCAUAAUAUGAGGCUAAAUCCGGAAAAAUGUUCAUUUGGGAUUCAGAGUGGAAAAUUCCUGGGUUUUAUGAUUACAAAGAGAGGAAUCGAUGCGAAUCCUGAUAAGUGCAAGGCAAUAUUGAACAUGCAAAGUCCAACUUCAGUCAAGGAUGUGCAGAAACUAACAGGGAGGAUAACAGCUUUGUCCAGAUUUCUUCCAUGUUCCGGGGAAAAAUCGGCACCAUUCUUUCAAUGUCUCAGGAAGAACAAAGCUUUUCAGUGGACUGAAGAUUGUGAGAAGGCGUUCAAAAGCUUAAAGGAUCAUUUGUCCAGCCCGCCAAUAUUGGCUAAGCCAAUUCCAGGUAUUUCACUGUCCAUGUUUAUUGCUAUAUCUGACAAUGCAGUUAGUACAGUUUUGUUGCAAGAAAAUAAAGAUGAUUUGAGGAUCAUCUAUUUUGUGAGCCACGCCCUUCAAGGAGCUGAGGUUAGAUAUCAAAAAAUUGAAAAGGCUGCUCUAGCUUUAAUUAUCUCCGCCAGGAAGUUAAGACCUUAUUUUCAAGGCUUUCCAAUAGUGGUGAAGACUGAUUUGCCACUUCGCCAAGUUUUACAAAAACCUGAUUUAGCUGGAAGGAUGGUCUCCUGGGCUGUUGAAUUGUCAGAAUUUGGGAUCACCUUUGAAAGGAAGGGUCUAGUUAAAGCACAGGUAUUGGUGGAUUUCGUAAAUGAAAUGUCUUCUGGCGAGCAAAUAAGUGACAUUGGCGAGUGGAGCCUGUCUGUAGAUGGUUCAUCUAAUAUCAAGGGAAGCGGAGCUGGAAUAAUUCUGGAGGGACCAGGGGGCGUGACUGUGGAACAAUCACUCAAGUUUGAUUUCAAAGCAAGUAACAAUCAAGCAGAAUACGAAGCGAUAAUUGCUGGUUUGAAGCUGGCGAUUGAAAUGGGUGUCAAGAGCAUAAUGAUUAAAACCGAUUCUCAGAUUGUUUCCAGGCAAAUUCAAGGCGAAUACCAGGCAAAAGACGUUCAACUGGCAAAGUAUUUAUUGAAGGCUCAAGGGUUGAUAAAGCAGAUAGGCAAGGUGCAAGUCAAUUAUGUUCCAAGGGAGGAAAAUACAAGGGCGGAUAUUCUGUCCAAGUUAGCAAGCACUAAAAAACCAGGAAACAAUAAGUCUGUCAUCCAGGAAGUUUUGAAUAGCCCAAGUAUCGAAGAGGAUGAAGCAAUGAUGGUGUUGACUGUAGCAGAUUCAGAUUGGAUAGGGCGUAUCAAGAUUUGUUUGGAAGCAGAGGGUCCUGAUUUGCUGAAAUUUUCUAAGGACCAGGUUCGUGAAGCAAGCCACUAUACGCUGUUGGGAGAUCAGUUAUAUAGAAGGGGGAUUGGAGUCCCUUUGUUGAGGUGUGUGAAUAAAGAUGAAGCAGAAAGAAUCAUGUUUGAAGUGCAUGAAGGUGUUUGUGCAAGUCAUGUUGGAGGCAGAUCUUUGGCGGCGAAGGUACUCAGAGCUGGAUUCUAUUGGCCAACGUUGAGGGGAGACUGCAUGGACUAUGUGAAAAAGUGUGAAAAAUGCCAGAUAUACGCAGACUUACAUCGUGCGCCACCUGAAACUCUCAGCUCAAUGAGUUCUUCAUGGCCGUUUGCAAUGUGGGGAGUGAACAUAUUGGGACCAUUUACUCCAGCAGGUUCUCAGAUUAGAUUCGUUUUGGUUGCGAUAGAUUACUUUACUAAAUGGAUAGAGGCGGAAUCAAUGGCAAAGAUUACAGCGGAAAAAGUGAAGAAGUUCUAUUGGAGAAAAUUGAUCUGCAGGUUUGGCGUACCAGCUACUAUCGUCUCUGAUAAUGGAACACAGUUCACUAGCAGAACAGUGAAGAAUUUUUGUGCGGAAAUGGGAAUAGAAAUGCGCUUCGCCUCAGUGGAGCAUUGUUGGGUCAUCAAGCAUCCUCAGACAAAUGGUCAGGUGGAGUCAGCAAAUAAGGUCAUUCUCAAUGGAGUUAAGAAGCGUUUGGGUGAAGCUAAAGGCUUGUGGGCUGAGGAAUUGAUUACAGUAAUUUGGGCUUACAAUACUACUCCUCAAUCCACUACUGGCGAAUCACCUUUCAAGUUAACUUAUGGGAUAAAUGCUAUGAUUCCAGUGGAACUACAAGAUGUAACUUUCAGGGUGGCGACUUACAGUGAAGAUCAGAAUGAUAUGAACAGAUUAGUUGAUCUCAAUUUGGCAGAGGAAGUGCAAGAAAAGGUUCGCCUGAGGCAGGCAUUUGUAAAGCAGAGGUCUGAGCGGCGAUACAAUUCAAGAGUUGUUCCGAGGCAAAUGAAUGUUGGAGAUUUGGUGCUGCGUCGAAAGGCUAAAGGUCCUGAUGAUUCAAAGCUUUCGCCGAAUUGGGAAAGACCUUACAGGAUUCUCAGAGAGCUUGGUCAAGGGGCUUAUCAUUUGGAGGAGUUAUCUGGGCGAAGGAUUCCAAGGGCAUGGAAUGCACAACACCUCCGUUAUUAUUACAGCUGA